AUGUGCUGCGCCCUUACGACAUCGGCUUUUAACGAACAAGCGCACUCUGUCAACACGGGCCAGUAUCGCGAGGCUGUCAAGCACGUGUGCUUAUGGACUAGCGGAAAAGGAGACAUGAGCGGGGUGGUGUCGAGGUGUCCGGCCGAGCUGGAGGCCCGGAUCCUCCAGCUUGAGGAGGAGUUAAAAGCGAAAGAGAGCGAAAUCCUGGAGUUGAGGUCCCAACUGGACAAAUUCCAGUCGGUGUUCCCCUAUCACAUUUCCGGAAAUAAUACCAACAACAACAACAACACCUACUACAACGCCAAGGGCGAGUUGUCUCGGCCGAGGAAACAGCGUGCCCAGGGUAUUUCCGCCGAACCACAGGAUUUUGCAACCAUCCAGGAGUUGGCCAACACCAAGUUCCCGUCCUACAACAAAAAUGACAGGUAAUUGAUAGCUUAACAAAACAAAAUUUAGUAUUAUUACCAUGGGAAAAGCCCUAACAGAUGAAUACUAAGACGACAAGCAAACGUGUGGGUUAAUUUCGACGU